UCUAGAAGUGACGGACGGACGGGCGUGAUUCCGCCGUCAGAGUGAAGUGGCGACGGCGGCUUGUGCGCCGUCAGAGGAUUUGGAUCCGAGAGCGAGAGGGGAGGGGAGCUGGAGAAGAGAUGGAGGCGCUGAGGAAGCAGGCGAGCAAGUUCAAGGAGCAGGUCGCCAAGCAGCAGCAGGCUGUUAUAAAGCAGUUCAGUAGUACUGGUUAUGACCACUCAGAUGCCGUUGUAAUUGAUGAGGUUGAACUACAGAGACAUCAACAGCUUGAGAAAUUGUAUACUUCUACUCGUUCUGGAAGGGAUUUCCAGAAGGACAUAGUUAGAGCAGCUGAAGGCUUGGUUUCUAUUGGAAGCAGGCAUAUUGAAGUGGGAACGAAAUUUUCAGAGGACUGCUUUAGAUAUGGAGGUGAAAAUAAUGCAAGUGACGAAGCCCUUGCAAAAGCCACAUCACUAUACGGAGGUGCUUUGAGAAACGUUGAGAAAGAGUAUGAAGAUUUUAAUAGAAUUUUAUCUUCGCAGACCAUAGACCCAUUGAGGGCAAUGGCUAUGGGUACACCCCUGGAAGAUGCUCGUGGUCUUGCACAGCGUUAUAGCCGGAUGAGACAUGAAGCUGAGAUCCUCUCUGCUGAAAUUGCUAGAAGAAAGGCACGGGUAAGAGAAGCUCCAAUUGCUGAGCACACGACAAAACUUCAACAGUCUGAAUCGAAAAUGAUAGAGCACAAAGCAAGCAUGGCUGUGUUAGGAAAGGAAGCAGCUGCUGCACUUGCUGCCGUUGAAUCUCAGCAGCAACGGGUAACCUUUCAGCGGCUGGUUGGAAUGGUAGAAGCAGAAAAGUUAUUCCAUUUGAGGUUAGCUGCUAUACUUGAUGACGUUGAAGCUGAGAUGUCCUCCGAGAAGCAAAAGAAAGAAUCUGGACCACCUAUUAUUCCUUCUCAUAAGCGCGCUGAGAAAGCCCAGUACUUCCUUGCUGAGGCAGUGCAUAACUUCAAUGGCACCACAGAGAAGGAACUGAGCUUAAUUGUUGGUGAUUAUGUUGUUGUUCGUCAGAUUGCUCCCAACGGUUGGGCUGAAGGAGAAUGCAGAGGGAAGGCAGGGUGGUUUCCAGCUUCCUAUGUUGAGAGGCGUGAAAACAUCCCCCCAAAUAAAGUUUUCCCGCAAGCAUAAGAUCAUAAGGUUUUCCCACAAGCAUAAGAUCAUAAGUGGAUUAUCUGCCUCCACCGCGCAAUGCUUGGUUGUUGCAAAUAUCAUUCCGCACUGCAGAUGUGCAGUUUGGUGCGACUGGGGAGCUGUAAGCCUGUGUAACUUAUGACCGGUUUGAUACUUGUUGCAUCUUGUAUAUCUUAGAUUCUUGUGGUCUGGACAAGUCUGUUUGCACCUGCCUACGCGCACAUUGAACAUAUUGCUUUGCAUUUGUAUAAUUAUCGUCAAUGUAUCUACCAUGUCCUCGCCGCAGCAGGACUAAGCUUACCCCAUUUCUGCUAAACGCCUCUGGAUUGUAAAUUGACUCUUGAGCUAAUUUUAUUCGUUAUUAUGAUAUUUAUGUCGGUAA